AUGGCAAGAAUGAAGAUGCUCGCCCGAGGAUAUGUAUACUGGACGAACAUCAACAGGGACAUCGAAGAAGCUGUACGCCACUGCCGUAACUGUCAAAAAGCUGCGAAGAUGCCAAAAAAGACAGUUCUCAAUUCUUGGACCACUGAGAAGAAACCGUGGGACAGAAUUCAUAUCGACUAUGCGGGACCACUGAAUGGUAGGAUGUACCUUGUGGUAGUGGAUGCGUAUUCGAAGUGGCCAGAAGUCUUUGAGAUGUCGUCGUCGUCAACCACUGCAACGUUGAGAGAACUCAGAAUGCUGUUUGCACGAUUCGGAAAUCCCAGGGUGAUCGUGUCAGACAACGGUACGCAGUUUACAGCGAAGGAGUUCCAGGAAUUCUGCGACAUGCAAGGAAUUGAGCACGUUCGCUCGCCGCCGUUCCAUCCACAGUCAAACGGUCAAGUAGAACGCUUUGUGGAUACCUUGAAAAGAACACUUCAGAAGAUUAAGGAAGGAACACCAUGUGCAUCAACGCCAGGACGUCUUUCUCCAGCGGAGGUGUUCCUAGGGCGCCAGUUGAGGACGUCAUUGACGCUGCUGAAGGAAUCAGUUAAAGAAGAAGGAACGCGCAAUGUGGAAAUUGAAGAACAGUUCAAUCGUCAUCAUGGAGCACAGAAGAGAUCGUACCACCAGGAAGAACUCGUGUUGGUGCGUGACUACCGCCCGGGACGUGAGAAAUGGAUCCCUGCUAGUGUGAAGAAUCGCUAUGGACGAGCCGUGUACGACGUGCUAACGGAAGAGGAUGAUUUGUGGAAAAGACACGCUAACCAGAUGCGUGGAGAAAAACAUCAGCGAGUUAGCUGCGAGAGGACUGAAGCUUCCAAGAUGCCGUUCAACCAGGAAGACCGACGGUACCAUGGUAUGGCAAGGACGAUCGCCAACAUCAACGACAAUGUCAAGGAUCGAACACCAACUAUCGUGCCGCCGACAACGACUAGACCAGCUCGACAACGCCGACCGCCUCGUCGAUUGCAACCUGAUCCGAAGAUGAAGACGUUUAACCCAUACGAUCGUGCCCCCUUCCGAGCACUUCGCGAAGGGAAAGACUCAGAACACUACGCUCUGAACACCAUGGCAUACUACCGGGCGUAUGCUGCCUUUUCCUCCAUUUGCCAUGUUCCUGAAAACUCUACCACGAUCGCGUUACGGCCCGGCACUGUGAUCUUUCUUGACAACUUUAGAGUUCUGCAUUCAAGAACAAGCUUUAAGGGAUGGCGGCAAAUGUGCGGAUGUUACCUCUCGCGAGACAACUUCAUGGCUAAAGCUCGCCCACUUCUUCCUUCCGAAAUUGGACGCUUCGUAUGA